UUGCGUUGUUGAAUUGCGCAAUUGUGUGAAACGGCUUCACAGACCAGCUGUAGGCAGCACUUCGUGAAAUUUGAAAAUACUAUAAAUUAUGGGUGAAUAUUUGAAGAUCAACCAUUUUAGCGAGAACGACUACGAAAAGAGAAGGGAAGGACAGGAAAGAGGCCAAAGCAAAGCAUUUUGCCUUUCUGGGGACUGAAUACGUUUGACUUUGACUGCAGUCGCUGCUCUAGGCUAUAUAGACGGGAAGUCAAGUCGUCGUACUGCGAUCCACAUUCGUUGUAAUCUUGUGUCAGUCCUUUGUCAAGAGUUAGACACUCCAUCGUAAGCCAUGGUACGUCGAGAAGGGUCCCGCUUUGGUAUAAAUACCAAUCACAACAUCAGGCGCCUGCCAUUUCCAUUCAAGAAUGUCUAUGCACAGCAGAAUGUUGUUAUUGAGACAAAGCUGGAUGCAGAAGGUCGCCAGUCAAAGAGAAAAUCCAGGAUGGCUCUCAGGGAUCAGCUUCUGAAAGAUACAUUUAAUAUCCAAGCUAGUGAUGACACAUCAUCAUUGAGUUUCUCUCUGAAUAAGGCAAAGAGAUGGGAAGUCCUUGAUGACAUCAAGGAAGAGAGUAACCAUAGUAACCAUUACAUCAUCCGAGAGCAUCACAUACUUCAGCGGUCAUCCGGUUCCUCCUCUCGUCACACCUGUGUGGAAGUCUUUGACUCUGCUGCUGAGACUAGGAUUAGAUCACCCAAGAAGAAAUAUGCUAAGGCUACUGAUCUCAUUGAAUUGGACCAAAGUAAAGGAGUCAAAGAGGAUGCAGAUUUUGGGAAAAAGAAUUCCAAGAGAUCAAGAAAGAGGAGAGCACAUCAAGAGGAAGAGCAAGCUGAGAAUUUGAUCCAAUAUGAUGUCAGUCGAGUCACACCAAGAGAAACCUAUCAAUCAUAUGCUAAAUCUUCUGCUAGUUCAGAAUCCAGAAAGAGAAACAGCAGGAAUCGAUCAAAAAAGUUAGACCAAUGCAAAAUGAGUGAUGUAUACUGUGAUGGCUUAUGGGAAUUUUCUGAAUUCUCUAUAGAUGAAGAAGAGGAAGAUUUCUUCCAAAUGGAAAACACUGACAUACCUUAUCAGAUGGAAACCAAAGAGGCCGAGUCAUACAGGGUUCCAAUGGAUGCCUUAGUUUAUGGUGCCAUGAGUUUGUCAGCUUUCUGUUACCAUGAACAAGGGAGGCAAACACAACACAAACCCAUAAAAUCUACCAAGGAUAGAGUGUUCCCAAUUGAUGAGAAAGAUGCAGUAAUUGCUAUCCAUCCAGAAUAUAUCAUCCCAACAAGAGAGAAAAGAGCCACCAAGAAACGAGCAGCUAAGAACAUCAAGAAACAUGCCAAGUUAGAGCCAGUGACCAAACUCGAAGAUCCAGGUAAACAUCCGCUUACUACUGUCCUAGAGAAACCAAGUAUAGCUGUCACUGUCCACCCUGAUGAUAUCACAGAGCAAAAUCUGAAAGGAAAAUUUGGGGAUUGCCUGAUAAAGGGUCAGUGCAUGCCUUCUCGCUAUGCUAUCAACAUCAGCCAGCAUGUUAUUGAUCAUCUAGCAUCUAACCCUGACAAUUUUGAGUUAUCUAUGCUCCUCCAACAGAGUGGACAUAACAUCUUUACCAUUCUAGAAUAUUCAUUAGAUCCAUUUCAAGUGGUGAGACAUGAUGGUAGACUGGUAGAAAGCAUCAGAAUGAAGAUAUGUGGGGUAGAUGAAGGAGAGGAGACCUUGACUGGUGCUUUGUCAAGUCUGGUGAGCGAUAGAAUCACAGAUGUAGUUGAUGCUAUGAGCCAGUCUGUAGCAUUGCUACCUGCUAAAAGCUACCAUGUAGAAAAGGAAAUAUCCAAUUAUAGUAUCAAGCCUGCUUUGGUAGUUGGUACUGUGCAGACUACUCUUGGUUGGAAUUAUCACACAACUAAUGCUAAUAAAGCUAUUCAAAUGGAAGAGAUUAAUGAUGAUGAGCCUGUGGGUGAGUCGGUGUCAUGUGGGGCAUCUAUUGCUUGUGAGACAUGUAGCAUCUGUUAUGAAGAGCUGGAUGAAGAACAUAAGGGAACUGCUCUUGUUGCUUGUAAUCAUUGGUUCUGUGAUGAAUGCUGGAGAAAUCAUCUUAAUACACAGAUUAACCAAGGAAAUGUUCACAUCACUUGCCCAGAGUAUAAAUGCACUGUGCCUGUUGACAAAGUAACCUUGAUGUCUUUGGUUCCAUCAAAAGUCUUCUCUCGUUACCAUAACAACCAAACCAACAGUGCCCUGAUGCUACGAUCAGAGCUGCAUUGGUGUCCAAUGCCUUCCUGUGGUCGGUUACUCAAACUUUCUAAUCCGAAGAGAUUAGUUUCUGUAAACUGUGAAUGUGGGACGUUCUGGUGUUCAUUGUGUAAACAAGAGGCUCAUUGGCCUGCUACAUGCCAACAAGCCAAGUUGUACAGAGAUGAAGCAAAGGGCUUCUUCAAAAAGAAAGAUAAUGGAUUUAUACGUUCCAUAAGUACCAAGCCUUGCCCACGGUGUAAGUACCCAAUUGAGAAAUACUAUGGCUGCAAUCAUAUGGUAUGCAAGUGUGGAUAUGACUUUUGCUGGGACUGUGGACAAGCCUUUGAUGGAAGACACUACGAUUGUCACUUGAAGAAAUGGAGGACUAAGGUGUAUUCUAUUCAUCCUGAAGACAUUGUAGAAAAGACUGCUGUAGAGCUUGCUAUAAUUCAUCACAAAGAGAGGACCCGGUUUGCCUGCCAUCGUCGUAUCAGAAAAGCGAGGAAACUGGCAAUAAAGAUGGUGAAGACUGAGAUAAACCUAUCAGGGAAGGAUUCAAAGAGCACCUCCGCUCUUUCCAUGGAAACCAAUGAAUCCUGUCAACUCACAGAAGUUAAAAAAACACUUGUUGAUGUUGCCAAUUUCAUCUCUGAGGCUGAGUUUGUUUUAGAGCAUCUUGAGAUCUUGCUUUCAAGUACAACUCAUCACAGCCAUAAUAGGAUAAUCACAGAACACAAGACAAGGCUUAUCUUCAUCACACAGAAACUUCACAAGAUUUUCAGGCAAGGAAUUACACUCAGUGUGUCAGAUAUUGAGUAUUUGUUAAACUGUGGGAAGGAUUGUUUGAGGUGGAUAGCCUUAUCAACCAAACAGCUCACCAACACCAUUGCAUCAACUGAUGAGUAAAGGACAAAUACUUAUAGUCUGCAGUCAUAACUGUGCAAUAUUUCUUCUUCUGUUGAUUUCAGUCAUCUUUUUAGAGUAUAGUGUAAUAGAUUGUUGAGGUGGCAAUCACAUGAAGUUGAAUACAUGACAUUAAUUGCUGUUGGAGACAAAACUAAACUAUCAUGCAAUAUCCUGUAUAUCAAGAAUAUGAAUAUAUAGGCAAGGAUAUAUUCGAAGAAUAAAUGUUAUGAAAGUUUGAUAAAUAUUCAGAUUCUGUUAGUACCUUUUUCACGUUUCUUAAAUGGGGAAUAUGGGAUGAGCCUACCAUUUCACCUCUCUGUGUUCACAUAUAAACCACUCUUGAAUAUUUCAGUUGCAACCAAGUUAUUUUUUGUCAACCCCAACUCCCAUCAAUUGACUACCCCUGUGUGACAUGACAACCUGAGAUGCUAAAGCUUUUCUGAGUAAUGGACUGAUUGUGCUAAUCCCUUAAAUUGUCAUCAUUGCCAGCAAAAAACAUUGAUGUACCUUCUAAACGUUUCCAUGGCGAAGAAGAAGAGUGCAUUUGGUUUCACAGCAAUAGCUGGUCAAUUAUUUUCUUGUUAUUUGAUUAUGUAGCAUAAUAGGUUUAUGAUUAGAGCCAUCCUUUGCCACAAUAGUAUUGGCUGUGAAACAAUAGAUGGACAAACCACAUAUAUAUUUAGAAUGAAUCUGUGUAAUCAAUUUCUAGUGUUAAAAUCCAUGGUUGUUUGCCA